AAUGAUCACACCUCUCCUUUUAAACUGAGGUGUGAGAGAUGUGCGUCAUUUACUUGAGCUGAGGUCGAGGUGAGACACAUUCAGUUGAGCAGUAGUCUUCUUCGCGGUGGUUUCCAUUGAUACUAAUAUCAGAUAAAGAAUACUAACAAGACAUCAUAGAAAGAGAAUACCAGACUAGUAAUGGCUGCAGUUUCCUUGUCCAGAUCUCAGAGAAUGUUCAGGAACUUGUCUCUGAUCCUAUUGAGUGGAUCAGUCUCUCUGCUCCUGUGGAUGGCUCUCAGACGUCCGCUGGGCUCAGACAGGGGUCCUCUCCCCGCUACAGACCUCCUCCCCUCGGACUACGCUGCCGACCUGCAGGCCUGCUCAGCCAUAAUCCGAGGAGACAUGGAGGGUCUGGAGAGGGAGCAGCUCAGCCUCCUGCUGAAGACCAAGAAGAAGCAGCAGCUGCUUUCAGAGGAGUUCUACCACAAUGUAACUCAGGACUGUCAGAGGUACGUUGCAGACAGAGGGUUCAUCACCGUUCCUCUGAGCCAGGAGGAAAAGGAGUUCCCCAUCGCCUACUCCAUGGUCAUCCACGAGAAGAUUGAGAUGUUUGAGAGGCUCCUGCGUGCUUUGUACACUCCUCAGAACGUCUACUGCGUCCACAUCGACCAGAAAUCAUCAGAGGACUUCAGGAGUGCAGUGAGAGCUAUUGUUUCCUGCCUACCCAAUGUGUUUGUGGCCAGUAAGAUAGAGAGCGUGAUCUACGCCUCCUGGUCCAGAGUGCAGGCUGACCUGAACUGUAUGGAGGACCUGCUAAAGUCACCUGUCCAGUGGAGGUACCUUCUCAACACCUGUGGAACCGACUUCCCCAUUAAGACCAACGCUGAGAUGGUUCAGGCCCUCAAGCUGCUGAACGGAAAGAACAGCAUGGAGUCAGAGGUCACCAACGACUACAAGAAGGGCAGAUGGCUGUUCCACCACAACGUCACCAACACUGUGGUCAGGACAGAGGUUAAGAAGACCCCUCCACCAAUCAACACCCCCAUGUUCUCUGGCAACGCCUACUUUGUGGUAUCCAGAGCCUUCGUCCGUCACGUGAUGAAGAGUCAGGAGGUCCGGGUUCUGCUGGAGUGGGAGAAGGACACCUAUAGUCCUGAUGAACACCUGUGGGCCACUCUGCAGCGCAUGCCCGCUGUCCCAGGCUCCAACCCCCCCAACAGUAAGUUCCAGCAGUCUGAUAUGAACUCCAUGGCCAGGGUAGUGAGGUGGAGCUACCUGGCUGGGGAUGUGAGGAGCGGAGCCCCCUACCCCCACUGCUCCGGGACCUACAGGAGAGCUGUGUGUGUCUAUGGAGCUGGAGACCUGCAGUGGCUCCUAAACCAACACCACCUUAUUGCUAACAAGUUUGACCCUGAGGUGGAUGAUGUGGCGAUCAGGUGUCUGGAGUCAUACCUGCGCUUUAAAGCAACUUACAGUGUAUCAGUAAGGACAGUGGAAUCUGGGAAUAUCUUACAAAAACUAUGAAAGGUUGUAAAUACAAUCGUGUAGCUGUUUUUACCCCUUUAACUCUAUUCUCAAACGGCUAGAGCGUGUUUUAUUUCUGAUUAUACUGUAUAUUUCUGAUGUUAAUGUAAGAGGGUUGUAAAUAAAAUGUAGUUUUUCUUAGAUGUUGGGGUUGCACUGUAUCGUUGUGAUUGCUAUGAAUAUUCCAGACAUACACCCUCCUGUAGUCUUUAAUUAGUACUGCAUCUAGUCCAAUGACUAGUUUCACUGAACACAUCAAUUCUGUAACAGUUAUACCAUCGUUAUUACUGUUCUACAUGUAGUCAACAAUGCCAGGCUAUAAAGUUUUAUAACAUUAUAUAUACAUACUUGGUGUAUGAGGGAAUGACAAACCCUAUGUGUAUAUAUGACUAGUGUGCCUGGAGUCUUUCAUGAUUUUUAGGGCCUUCCUCUGCACCACUACCUGCUAUGACAACUGCUCGGCCUCCGACCGCAAGGCACUACAGAGG